UGUUGUCUGUGUGCGAGAAUUUAAGUGCAGGGGGUCGUAUUUUCCGGGAACAAGUAGGAAGAUGUUUAGCUUGAAUGUUGUUUUUAUUAAGUAAACACAAGCCCUUGAGAUCAGUUUUAAAUAAUGUGGACUGGCACUCGUGGCUUAUACUUCGCUCCUUGUUGCUGUAAACAGCAACGCUGUUGAUGCUGUCAAACAAAUAACGCAUGUUUAUUGUUUUUUAUUUCCCUCUAAAUAUUCUCGUUGCUUUUUUGACGUUGAUGCCCAACACAGAAGUGCGUUUAAUAAUAUAAAAACAUGCCACGCAAGAGACGAAAUCCCACGGGGGAAGAGAUGGCGGUUUCUAGAAGGACGAGGCAACGCCCCCAUACCAAUAAAAACCCGAACCAGUCUAUAGUAAUAUCUGACAGCGAAAAUGAGGAAGGAGAUAAUGGAUUGGUGCAGGGGCAGGACGGACGUCCGCGGGAGAGAGAGAAAACAAAGAGACACAGCUCAGAGAUGACGGAGGAACAGAUGCUUGACCUGGCAGUGAGAAUGAGUGAACAGGAGGCCAGUCGAAGACGUGACGAGGAGGAGGCACUGAGAAAGGCUAUUGAAGAGAGUCUUUGUGAAAACAGACUUUCCCAUAAAGCUAACCAGAGCAGACCAGUACAUGUUCAACAAAACCCAGGGAAUAAAGAAAAAGAAAAAAUGCACUCCACUGAACCAGAUGCCAGUUUUCCGGGAGAUUCCCAGUGGGAAUCCAUCCUCGGGAGUGCUAAUCCUAGAGAGCGAAGCCCCGUUCUCGUCUUGGAGAAGCUGAGCCAAGAUGUGGUUGGCAGCUGCCAGGAGUUGGGUUUCGUCGCCUGUUCGCAAGACUGUCCUUUGACAGUAACACCUCUGUCUGCUAAGAGAACGAGCGAGGGGAACCGAUUGAAACGUAAGUUCCGAAGGACAGAUCUGGUAGGCAGCAGUCGAGCUGACGGAAGGGAGGGCUCUUCAGAAAACCUGUGCAGCGGCAAGAGAAGAGGGCAGCAGGGCAGCACAACUCCCCAGGAACUGGAGACCUGUCACACCUCCCAUUGGCCCCCGGAGAAGGUCAGUGCAGUGCAGCUUUUCAGGAUAGAAAAAAGAACCUGCUGUAAAACUGCACAGAACAGAUCCCCCCUAAGGAUGGAAGAUGAUGCUUCUCUAAAAGUAAUCAUGUUGGAUGACUUCCAGGAUUCUGAGUCCCUUCUGAGUAGCAAUGGUCCCCAGUGCCUGCAAAGUGGUGAGCAGAGUCCCGUACAAUUGAUGGGGAGUCAAGACGUGGCUGGCAACUGCCAGGAGAUGAGUUCCCUCACCUGUUCACAAAGUCCUUUGACAUUGUCGCCUUUGAGGAGUCCUCUGCCUUCCGCGAAUCAGGAUUCUCCCUAUCCUAAGAGUCCCACAUUCCCUAAAAGAAAGAACGAGGAGAACUGCUUGAGUAGGACAUUCUCAAGGAGAGACACGGUACACUCAAAUCGAGCCGACAAAGGAGAGAGCUUCUCGGCGAACCUCUCCAGCUGUGGUGGAAGAGUGAAGAAGGGCAGCACACCUCCCCAGGAACCAGAGACCUCUCGGCAUUGUGCAGCAGUCCCCGGAGAGAACUCAAACACUCCUCUCAGCUGCCCCUCGACACAGGUGGAUACAGAGGGGACAGGCAGCAUGUCCCGGGGAGAGGGCGCGGUGCACUAUUACUGGGGUGUCCCCUUCUGCCCCCAGGGUUUGAACCCAGACGAUUACACCAAGGUGAUCCUGUGCCAGCUGGAGGUGUAUGAGAAGAGCCUGAAGCAAGCUCAGAGGGGGCUGCUGCGCAAGGCAGAGUGGGGGGAGCCCGUGCUCACAGGUCCCCCUAAAACAUUCCCCUCCCGCAGGACCAGUCGCUCCCGACUGGGCAAGGGGGCAGGUAACAGCCGGAGCUUUCAGGGCUUUCAGAGCCCUCGGGACAGCGAGCAGGAGGGGGGAGAGGAGGAGAGCUCUCAGCAUGACAAGGAGGGCAGAGAGAGAAGAGAGGAGGAGGAGGAGGAGGAAGAGGAAGAGGAAGAGGAAGAGGAGACGUCCAACUCACAGCAGCAGGUAGCCUCUUCAUCAGUGAUCAGAGCAGAAGGCACCACAGAGACCUGGCUGAACCUGAGAAGGAGACGCGGCCUGAGGGAAAGGAGCCCCAAAGAGCCAGAGGAUCAGCAGGAACAGAGAGUAGAGGAGGAGGAGGAGGAGGAGGAGGAGAUGGACUUGGAUGUGUGUCCAGAAAGCCAGCUCAGUGAAGAGUCCAGCCAGCCUCUGCUUAAAGAUAGUCCUGCAGGGACACAGUCCCUGGAGGAUGUUGUGGAGAAGCCAGGCUCAGCCCCCGUCUCACAGAGAGCACAGCGUGUGGAGUGCCCAAUCUGCAUGCAGAGCUUCCCAAAGAACCGCAUUGAGAUGCAUGCAGCCUACUGUGAUGGAACCAGGGAAUCAGAAGAGGUGGUGGAGGAGGAGGAGGAGGUGAAGGAGACAGCCUCACAGGUGUUGAGCCUGAGACGAAGCAUCAGGAAAGCAGGCUCCUCGGAUGCUGCUGAGCCCAGUACAUCCUGCUCUGACAGAUCAGCUCAGAAGGAGAAGUGCUACAUCUGCCAAGACUGGAUUUCAAUAAAGGAGUAUCAGAGCCACGUCGACAGCUGCAUCAGCAGGGGCAGAAACUGGAAAAGCAAGAUGCUCCUGGCUGCUUUAGAGCAUUCAGAACGUAAAGAUUCAGGAAAUGCAGAGGUUGGCACUUCAGAUUCCUUUUUCAACCACAGAGAAGACGGUGGGCUUGUCUCCUGCCUGGAUGUUGAGGAGCAGGAGCCUGGCAGCGGUGGGGACGAGCCUGCUUGCCCCUUCCAAUUGAGCGAUUCUCCCGUUAGAUCCUUUGUGCCCAUCUCCCAAGCCACGGACUGUCUCGUUGACUUCAAAAAGCAACUAACCGGGCCAGCUGAAGGGUACAAGAGAAAGAGUAAAAGAGGAAGAUACAGAUGACCAGUUCUUUAUUUAUUAAAACAUGUACUGAUUAAACCUCUUGUAGCCCUGAAAGCAGAUGAUAAUUCUUGCCUGUAACUGGGUUUGCAUUUCAUUACAGGUGUGUGUGU